AUGCCAGACUGCUGUAUCUGCAGCUAUGUCUUACAGCACGAGACGAACAAAGUCAUCCAGAUCCGGAACACGAAAUAUGGCAUCUUUAAGUGGAUCCUCCACAUCAGCAUGUCCUCCUAUAUUAUCUUUGCUUUGCUGAGUGACAAGCUGUAUCAACAUAAGGAGUCUCUGAUCAGUUCUGUGCACACCAAGGUGAAAGGGGUCGCAGAGGUAAAGGAGGAGUUUAUACAAAAUGGAUCGAACCAAGUCAAGAACACUGUAUUUGACACCGCCGAUUACACCUUCCCCUUGCAGGGAAACUCCUUCUUUGUGAUGACAAACUUUCUCAAGACAGAAGGUCAAGUGCGGGGGCUGUGCCCUGAGCAACCCACCCGUAGGACCAUAUGUAAUUCUGACCGGAACUGUAAAAAGGGCUGGAUGGACCCGCUGAGCAAAGGAAUCCAGACAGGAAGGUGUAUCAUGUAUAAAGGGACUCUGAAGACCUGUGAAGUCUCUGCCUGGUGCCCCACUGAAGCAGUGGAAGACCCUCCCCGGCCUGCACUCUUGAACAGUGCUGAAAACUUCACCGUCCUCAUCAAGAACAAUAUCGACUUCCCCGGUCACAACUAUACCACGAGAAACAUCUUACCAGGCUUAAACAUUACCUGUAUCUUUCAUAAGAUUCAGAAUCCACAGUGCCCUGUUUUCCGACUAGGAGAUAUCUUCAAAGAAGUAGGCGAUAAUUUUUCAGAAGUGGCAAUUCAGGGAGGAAUCAUGGGCAUUGAAAUCUACUGGGACUGCAACCUUGACAAAUGGCUCCAUAGCUGCCGUCCAAAAUACAGUUUCCGUCGCCUUGACGACAAAACUGCCAAUGAGUCCUCUUUCCCUGGCUACAACUUCAGAUAUGCCAAGUACUAUAAGGAGAACAACAUUGAAAAACGGACUCUGAUCAAAGUCUUUGGGAUCCGUUUCGACAUCCUGGUUUUUGGCACUGGAGGAAAAUUUAACAUAAUCAAUCUGCUUGUGAACAUUGGCUCAACCCUCUCCUAUUUUGGUUUGGCCACUCUAAUCAUUGAUUUUCUUAUCAACACAUACUCAAGUAAAUGCUGUCGAUCCCAGGUUUAUUCCCGUUGCAACUUCUGUAAGUCCUGCGUGGUCAAUGAGUACUACUACCAGAAGAAGUAUGAGAUUAUUGUGGAGCCAAAGGCGACAUUAAAAUAUGUGUCUUUUGUGGAUGAACCCCAUAUCAGAAUGGUGAAACAUUAUGAUGGUGAGACAAGUCUACAAUAUGUCGAGGGUGAAACAGUCUCAAAACCCCAGAUAGACUUCACGGACUUGUCAAGACUGCCCCUGUCUGUCUAUAGCCCACGCCACACUUCUGGACAGCAAGAGAAGAUAGAACUGUGUAAAAAACAUAGUGGACUACCGUGGUGCCAGUGUGGAAACUGCCUCCCAUCCCAACACCCUAAGAACAAGCACCUGGAGGAACUGUGCUGUCGAAAAACUCAGGGACCCUGCAUCACCACCUCACAGCUAUUCAAGAGCCUCGUUCUAUCCAGAGAUGUCCUUCAGUUUCUUCUACUCUACAAGGAGCCCUUCCUGGCACUGGAUGCAGAUUCCACCAACAGUAAACUGCGACACUGUGCCUACAGGUGCUAUAUCACCUGGCGUUUCGGCUCCCAGGACCUGGCUGACUUUGCCGUCCUGCCCAGCUGCUGCCGCUGGAGAAUACGGGAAGAAUUUCCCAAGAGUGAAGGCCAGUAGAGUGGCUUCAAGGACUUACUGAUGGCUCAGGCUGGGCAGUCAUUCCUGGAGCCUUUGCCUACACCUUGAGCCUCACCUGCAAAAGUCUGUGGCCAAAUUUUCAGCCAGAGGGAAAUGUACGUUCCUCCCACCUCUCUGUAGGAGUCAGAGAGCUGAGUCCUGGGAAAUCAGACAAACCAAGGGUCCUCAGCAUGGACCAUGAACCAGGAGAUUUAGAUUUGGGUCUCGGCUCUGUCCCUAAAAAGUAAUGUGAUCCUGGGCUUUUAACCGCUUUA